AUGUUUGGAUUUCUAUUUUCUAUUCUGACUUUUCUGCCUUUAUAAAUAAUUUCAACGCUUCUUUGUAUUUUGAUAUACAUCUUCUUAAACAUAAUUCUUCAGGAGUUUCUAUUUGCAUAUUAACACUUAAAUUUGUGCAGUGCUUUAGACAUGUUGUUUACAUCAAUUGAUUUUACAUAUAUAUUAAAUAAAAUAAUCAUAAAAAUAAGGCUAAUUUUUAUAACAAUACUUCCCAAAACAACCUUUACUAAUCUCAUACUAUUCCAAUUCAGAGCUAAAAAUCCUGUAGUUUCUUUUCUACCUAAAUUUCUUGAUUGGUUAGAAUCUCAAUUAGGUAAUUUAUUAUUAAAUCUACUCAAAAAGGAAAAUCAUGUUCUGAAAGAACAUAUCUCUAAACUAUAGAAGGUUAUCUUAAAAAUAUUCUGAAGCUAAAAAAUAGUAUUAGAAUUGCUAAUUUGAGUUAUCAUCUUUUCUUAUACGUUUAAAGUUUUAUCUAAUUCUUAAAACUGUAUUUUAUUUAGAUCUAACAAUGUUUGACUCAUUGAAUUUUGAAAACUCUAACUUAAGAAAAGAAAUAGAAUAAAGGAUCGAGAAUAUACAACGGGAAUUUAAUCUACAACUAUCAAUCAAACAUUAAAUGAGUAGUAACUCAAACAUUAGAUAUUAUUGUAUGAUGAUGAAAUUAGAGUUCUUAAUAAACAACUUAAUAAUAUUUAUUUCAUUUCUUUUCUAAAAUUUUUAUUCUACUAUAAAGGAGGAAAUUAAUUGCAGGAAUCUCUUUAAGAGGAAAAGGAAAUUUUACUUAAGAAAUCCAAAGAAUUAAUUUUGAAUCCAAUAUAAGUAGUAUUUAUUAGAAAGAAAAAGAUAUUUCAAGCAUAGCUCAAACUAAAGAUCUAAAAAUUAAAGAAUUGA